AUGGACCUAGUUUUGGGCACCAGAGAGAGGCAGCUAAACAAAUGGGAGGAGCAGAUGGCAUUCUUGCAAAUAGAGAUGACACAGCCCAAUGCACAGUGGGCCUCAGGUCCCUCUAGUGUCCCCUCUAUAGCCUCGGGUCCCUCUAGUGUCCCCUCUCUAGCCUCAGGUCCCUCUAGUGUCCCCUCUAUAGCCAGAGGUCCCUCUAGUGAACCCUCUCUAGCCUUGGGUCCCUCUAGUGUCCCCUCUCUAGCCAGAGUCUUUGAUCCUUCUGUUGUCCCCUCCAUAGUUUCAGGCCCCUCUGGUGUUCCCUCUCUAGUGCCCUGUGUCUCCUCUCUGGUGCCCUCUGGUGUCACGUCUCCAGCUGAGUUUGUCCUCGAUACCCCUCAGCGGGCACCCCUCGCCUCCGAGGUCCCUAAGCGGGCGCUCCUCACCUCUUCGUCACGGGUCCCCCAAGGUUUGUGUGUCGCAGUCGGUGGCCCCAAAGGUUUGUGUGCUGCAAUCGUCGGCCCCCAAGGGUCCUGCAGCAGAGAGGCCCUCCUCCAAGGGUCCUGCAGCACAGAGGCCGUCCUACAAGGGUCUUGCAGCACAGAGGCCGCCCUCCAAGGGUCCUGCAGCACAGAAGCCAUCCUCCAAGGGUCCUGCAGCAGAGACGCCGUCCUCCAGAGCAUAAGAAAUCAAACAGAAAAUGAACUCAUCAAACAACUACUGAAUGGCACCACUGCGUGGAUUGGUCUGUAUUGGGAAAAGCUGUGGUCAGAUGGGAGCUUGUCUCUGUUUCGACACUGGGCUGACAGAGAGCCAAAUAAUCCCUCUGGUGAUCAGUGUGCCGCUGGAUCAUUUAAUGAUACUGGAAGAUGGCUCGAUGAAGAGUGCAGCUUGAGUUUGCCAUUUGUCUGUUACAGAAGAGAAGAACAAGCUCCAUCUUGUUCUGGCUGUCAGUGUUGUCCGUCAGGUACAGAGUGCAACACCACCAAUGGCAGUUUUGAAUGUCUUGACCCCUGUGUCAACUACAUUACACUGAAUGAUACCUGGCGUUCUAGAGAUAAUAGAAACAAUACAAUCUUACACUGUGAUCAGGACAUUUUCUAGAGUGGUUGGUAUCGCUUUUAUUUGGGGCAA